GGUUCGGCUGCGCGGGGGCGCGCGUCGGAGGUAAAUACUAGAGCGGUGGGUGUGGGGCGCCGGGGCCGGCCCGCGACCGGGGCCAGCGAGGCAGGGGACGGGGCGACGCCCGGCCGCCCGAGUUUUCUCCUUUCCAGGAUGAGCAUGGUUUUUACGCCACCCCGAGUUCCUUAGUUGAAAGGUGCGCUCUGUUGAAACAAGGCAUUUUGACUUGCUAUCCUUCUACAGCAUGGGCACCAAGUUGCUAAAAACGUGCUUCGGGACUGCCAGUGAAUUUAUCUUUUGCGGUUUCACUCCAAACGUCGUAGUUCCCUUUUUUAUGAGUUAAUAUUUUGGAGUUAACAUCACAAUGAGUUCAGGCUUAUGGAGCCAAGAAAAAGUUACUUCACCCUACUGGGAAGAUCGGAUUUUCUAUUUACUUCUUCAGGAAUGCAGCGUUACAGACAAACAGACCCAAAAGGUCCUUAAGGUACCAAAGGGGAGCAUAGGACAGUACAUCCAGGACCGGUCUACGGGCCACUCCAGGAUACCUUCCGCCAAAGGCAAGAAAAAUCAGAUCGGACUAAAAAUCCUGGAGCAGCCGCACGCAGUGCUCUUUGUUGAUGAAAAGGACGUGGUGGAAAUCAGUGAGCAGUUCACAGAGUUGCUUUUGGCAAUCACCAACUGCGAGGAGCGGUUCGGCCUGUUCAGAAACAGGAGCAGACUCAGCAAGGGCCUGCAGGUGGACGUGGGCUGCCCCGUGCGCGUGCAGCUGAGGCCCGGGGAGGAGAAGUUUCCUGGAGUCGUGCGCUUCCGGGGACCCCUGCUGGCCGAGAGGACAGUGUCCGGAAUAUUCUUCGGAGUGGAAUUACUGGAGGAAGGUCGUGGCCAGGGGUUCACCGAUGGGAUCUACCAAGGGAAACAGCUCUUUCAGUGCGAUGAAGACUGCGGAGUGUUUGUUGCGUUGGACAAGCUCGAAAUCAUAGAAGAUGAUGACAAUGGCCUGGAAAGCGACUAUGCAGUUCCAGUGGACGCAGUGCAGGUGGAGCUUCCUCCUCUGGAAAUAAACUCCAGAGUUUCUCUGAAGAUUGGAGAAACUGUCGAAUCUGGAACAGUCAUAUUCUGUGAUGUUUUGCCGGGAAAAGAAAGUCUAGGAUAUUUUGUUGGUGUGGACAUGGAUAAUCCCAUUGGCAACUGGGAUGGAAGAUUCGAUGGAGUACAGCUUUGUAGUUUUGCAAGUGUCGAAAGUACAAUUCUCUUGCAUAUCAAUGAUAUCAUCCCAGAUAGCGUGACACAGGAAAGGAGGCCUCCCAAACUUGCCUUUAUGUCAAGAGGUGUUGGAGACAAAGGUUCAUCCGGUCAUAAUAAACCAAAGGUUACAGGAUCUACCUCAGACCCUGGAAAUAGAAACAGAUCUGAAUUAUUUUAUACCUUAAAUGGGUCUUCUGUUGACUCACAGCCGCAAUCCAAAUCAAAAAAUGCAUGGCACAUUGACGAAGUUGCUGAGGACCCUGCAAAAUCACUGACGGAGCUGUCUCCAGAUUUCGGACAAGCUUCGCCACCACUGCAGCCCCCUUCCAUGAACUCGUCGUCCAGUGAAAACCGGUUUCACUCUUUACCGUUCAGCCUGACGAAGGUGCCCAGUACCAAUGGGAGUAUCGGCCACAGCCCGCUCUCGCUGUCCGUGCAGUCUGUGAUGGGAGAGCUGAACAGCGCCCCUGUCCAGGAGAGCCCCCCCUUAGCCUUGACUUCCGGUAGCUCACACGGUCUGGAAGUGGGCUCGCUGGCCGAGGUGAAGGAGAACCCACCUUUCUAUGGGGUGAUCCGGUGGAUCGGUCAGCCACCAGGACUCAACGAGGUCCUAGCUGGACUGGAGCUGGAGGACGAGUGUGCCGGCUGCACGGACGGGACCUUCCGGGGCACCCGCUAUUUCACCUGCGCCCUGAAGAAGGCGCUGUUUGUCAAACUGAAGAGCUGCAGGCCCGACUCGAGGUUCGCCUCGCUGCAGCCCGUCUCCAACCAGAUCGAGCGCUGCAACUCCUUAGCCUUUGGAGGCUACUUAAGUGAAGUAGUAGAAGAAAAUACUCCUCCAAAAAUGGAAAAAGAGGGGUUAGAGAUAAUGAUUGGAAAGAAGAAAGGGAUCCAGGGCCAUUACAACUCUUGUUACUUGGACUCGACCUUAUUCUGCUUGUUUGCUUUUAGUUCUGUUCUGGACACCGUGUUACUUAGACCCAAAGAAAAGAAUGAUGUAGAAUAUUAUAGUGAAACUCAAGAGCUACUGAGGACAGAAAUUGUGAAUCCUCUGAGAAUAUAUGGAUAUGUGUGUGCAACAAAGAUUAUGAAACUGAGAAAAAUACUUGAAAAAGUUGAGGCCGCAUCAGGAUUUACUUCUGAAGAAAAAGAUCCUGAAGAAUUCUUGAAUAUUUUGUUUCAUCAUAUUUUAAGGGUAGAACCAUUAUUAAAAAUAAGAUCAGCAGGUCAAAAAGUACAAGAUUGUUACUUCUAUCAAAUUUUUAUGGAAAAAAAUGAGAAAGUUGGAGUUCCUACCAUUCAGCAGUUGUUAGAAUGGUCUUUUAUCAACAGUAACCUGAAAUUUGCAGAGGCACCGUCAUGUCUGAUUAUUCAGAUGCCUCGGUUUGGAAAAGACUUUAAACUAUUUAAAAAAAUUUUUCCUUCUCUGGAAUUAAAUAUAACAGAUUUACUUGAAGACACCCCUCGGCAGUGCCGGAUCUGCGGCGGGCUGGCCAUGUACGAGUGUCGAGAAUGCUAUGAUGACGGCGACAUCGCCGCCGGCAAGAUCAAGCAGUUUUGCAAAACCUGCAACACUCAAGUCCACCUGCAUCCCAAGAGACUGAAUCACAAAUAUAACCCAGUGUCACUGCCCAAAGACCUGCCGGACCGGGACUGGCGGCACGGCUGCGUCCCCUGCCAGAAGAUGGAGCUGUUCGCCGUGCUCUGCAUAGAAACGAUUCUGGAAACUAGAGUAAAACACGCCGUCCAGACCCCGACAGCCAGCCUCCGUGACCACGGGGCUGCGACGCCGCGCGGGCGGGGCGGGGCAGGGCGCGGGGCCGCGACGCCACUGACCCCAGCUCUCUCGUCCGCAGGCGGUCAGAACGGCUUCAACAUUCCUCAGGUGACCCCGUGCCCGGAGGUGGGCGAGUACUUGAAGAUGUCCCCGGAGGACCUGCACUCCCUGGACGCCAGGCGGAUCCAGGGCUGUGCGCGGAGGCUGCUCUGCGACGCGUACAUGUGCAUGUACCAGAGCCCCACGAUGAGCCUGUACAAGUGACGGCGGCGCGGGCCGGGCGCCCCGCGCGCUGUGGCCCGAUGCGGUGUGGCCCGCCCCUCGGGCUGGCGGGCGUGUUCGCUGUCCAUUGCCGGCAAUGGAUGUCUGCGGUGAUGACCCUUCAGAAGACAAUUCCCUUGUUCAAAAUCAAAUUGCUUUUGUGUUACUGAAGUAUUUAAUAAGAAGCAUUUUGCACUAGAAAGUAUGUUUGUGUUGGUUUUUUAAGAAGUCUAAAUGAAGUUAUUAAUAACUGAAGCUUUAAGUUAAGUGCAUCGAUCAUAUGAUAUUUUUGGAAGCAUAAGAUUUUAAUUGUGACAGUUUAAACCCUCUUUUAGUCCGUUGAGAAUAUAAAUAAAUGUGUCUUCUUUAUGGACCAAGGA